AUGACCCUGCAACCAAUAACUCCAGUGAACUGUGCCAGCCUCCUGCAGCCCGGCUUCUCUCUGCUGCAGCUGGAUGGUGAAGUUCUCCUGUUUGGCCAGAAGGGUUGGCCAAAGCGCUCAUGCCCCACAGGGGUGUUUGGCGUUCGGUUUAAAUGCGGUGAGAUGAAGCUGAGGGCCAUCUCUUUCUCCAAUGAUUCAUGCUACCUCCCUCCGCUACGGUGCCCCGCCGUUUGCCGCCUCGAUCCCUACGACGGGCUCCCGGAGAGUUAUCUCAUCCACGGCGGCCGCACCCCAAACAACGAGAUCUCAUCGAGCCUGUACCUGCUGACCACGGAUAGCCGUGGCUGCAAUCGUAAACUGACCCUGUGCUGCAAAGAAAAAGAGCUGGUGGGGGAAGUGCCAGGGGCUAGAUACGGCCACACGAUGAGCAUGGUUCAAAGCCGAGGGAAGACGGCUUGCGUGUUGUUUGGGGGUCGAUCCUACAUGCCUGUGGGAGAGCGGACCACGGAGAGCUGGAACAGCGUCGUCGACUGUCCUCCUCAGGUGUUCCUGUUUGACUUGGAGUUCGGCUGCUCCUCUGCUCACACUUUACCUGAGCUCAGCGAUGGAUGGUCUUUCCAUUUGGCCCUCGCCAGAGAGGACUGCAUCUACUUCCUCGGGGGUCACUCGCUCACCUCCGACUCCCGCCCCCCUCGACUCAUCCGUCUGCGCGUCGAGCUCCUGCAGGGCAGCCCUUUGCUUUCAUGUGACACUCUUGAAACCAGCAUAUCCAUCUCUAGUGCCAUAAUCACUCGUACGGGCCCCACUCACAGAUAUAUCAUCUUGGGUGGGUAUCAGUCAGACUCUCAGAAGAGGACGGAGUGCAGCACUGUGAUUCUCGAUGAGAAAGGGAUCCACUUCGAGCCCUUAGAGUCACCUCAGUGGACCCCAGACAUCACUCAUAGUCGCACGUGGUUUGGCAGCAGUGUUGGGGAGGGAAACGUCUUGCUCGCCGUACCUACUGAGGGAAGGCCGUCCCAAGCAGAUACAUAUUACUUCUAUCAGGUGAGCUUCCAGACAGAGGGCGAAGCUAAAGAGAAAGAAGGAAGCCAGGGCUGCAGCCAGGAGUCAACAGAUUACGGAGACUCCACUCCCCUCGAAGACUCCGAGGAGCUCUACUUCGGCCGUGAGCCACAUGAGCUGGAGGACAGCAGCGAUGGGGAAGGGGGGAAUUACGACGAGGGGGAUGAGGAGGACGAAUCGCAAACAAGCUACUGGAUCAAAUGCUGCCUCGGCUGCCAGGUAGACCCCAACAAGUGGGAGCCAUAUUACUCCACCGAGCUCCACCGGCCAGCCAUGAUCUUCUGCUCCAGAGGGGAGGGGGGGCACUGGGUCCACGCUCAGUGCAUGGAGCUGUCGGAGACCCUGCUGCUCAGGCUCUCAGAGGGCAGCAAAAGGUACUUCUGCCUGGACCACGGAGGCCUGCCCUACCAGGAGAUGACCCCGCCUCGAGAGGUCAUGCCCCUGAAGCGCACCCCCAUGAAAGUUAAGGAGAGAAAAACUCCUCCAACAAUGAAGAUGUCGCCCGCCAAGAAAAGCUUUUUCAGAAGGCUUUUCGACUGAAUCCAGUUUAUGAUGCAUCGCUGUUAAGAAUGCUGGGUAUAUUUAGGAUGUUUCUUGUUUAUAUUUGGUUAAUAAAUAUGCUGAUCUGUGCUCAAUGUGAAACAUUUUGUGAAGAAAGUAAACAAUAAAAUCGCAGCCUGAUAUUUCCCCGUCUAACAGCUGUAUAUUUUGCAUUAGAAUGUGGCAUUGUUUCACAAAUAAAAGGGAAUAUUUUAGCAAGUCUGCCUGCAAUGUUGCAGGCUGUAUAAUAGUUCAUUGUAAUUUUGUGUUCCAUUAAGUGCCACAGGUUUUACUUCCUAACACUUUCUUCCCCGGCCAGAUGGAGUCUAAUUCUUUUUACAGUUCUUUCUGCAAUUAAA